UUGAGAGGAACCCAAGUCUGGACCAAGAGGAGCCAGAACCUCCACAGAUUAAAGAGGAGGAGGAGCACUGCAUCGGUCUGGAAGUAGAGCAGCUCGUACUGAAGCAGGAGGAUCCAGAUAACGUUUUGUUGAAUCCUACUCUCAAGGAAAGUGACCACAGUGAACCAGAGACAAGUGACCACCAGCUCCUCUCCCACAGCUCAGCUCAGAGCCAAGAUCUCAAUGGACUCAAGCAUGGAAACUCAAAAUCAGUUAGAAAUGCAGAGCAGGCAUCAGAAAAGGGACAUCAUGUCAUCACAAGAGCAAAAGAAAGCAUAAGUCCUAGUAACCUUGCAUGUAGCACUACCAUGUCAAAGAUUGUGCUGAAUAUCUGCAAGAGUAAAAAGGUUUUCCAGUGUGACACUUGUGGAAAAGUCUUUAAGUGGAAGUCAGGAUUAUAUGGACAUCUGAAGGUGCACACAGAUCAGAAACAGCAUUCUUGCGAAGUGUGUGAUAAAAGUUUCACAACUCGCACAAAUUUGACGAGACACGAGAGAACGCACACGGGACAGAGACCUUUUACUUGCAAAACUUGUGGAAGAAGUUUUAGCCAGAGACCUUCCUUGCAGAUCCACGAGAGAACACACACAGGCGAGAAACCUUUUAUUUGCAAAACUUGUGGGAGAUGUUUUAGCGAGAGAAAUUCCCUGAAGAAACACGAGAGAACGCACACAGGCGAGAAACCUUUUACUUGCAAAACUUGUGGGAGAAGUUUUAGCCAGAGACCUUCCUUGCAGAUCCACGAGAGAACACACACAGGGGAGAAACCUUUUAUUUGCAAAACUUGUGGGAGAUGUUUUAGCGAGAGAAAUUCCCUGAAGAAACACGAGAGAACGCACACAGGCGAGAAACCUUUUACUUGCAAAACUUGUGGGAAAAGUUUUAUUCAGAGAAAUCACCUGCAGGGCCACGAGAGAACACACACGGGCGAGAAACCUUUUUCUUGCAAAACUUGUGGGAAAAGUUUUAUUCAGAGAAAUCACCUGCAGGUCCACGAGAGAACACACACUAGCGAGAAACCUUUUACUUGCAAAACUUGUGGGAAAAGUUUUAUUCAGAGAAAUCACCUGCAGGUCCACGAGAGAACACACACUAAGGAGAAACCUUUUACUUGCAAAACUUGUGGGAGAAGUUUUAGCCAGAGACCUUCCUUAAAUACCCUGAAGAAACACGAGAGAACGCACACGGGCGAGAAACCUUUUACUUGCAAAACUUGCGUGAGAAAUUUUGCAAUUAGAAUGAAUCUGCAGGUCCACGAGAGAACACACACGGGUGAGAAACCUUUUUCUUGCAAAACUUGUGGGAAAAGUUUUAUUCAGAGAAAUCACCUGCAGGGCCACGAGAGAACACACACGGGCGAGAGACCUUUUUCUUGCAAAACUUGUGGGAAAAGUUUUAUUCAGAGAAAUCACCUGCAGGGCCACGAGAGAACACACACAGGCGAGAAACCUUUUACUUGCAAAACUUGUGGAAGAAGUUUUAGCGAUAGAUCUACCCUGAAGAAACACGAGAGAACACACACAGGCGAGAAACCUUUUAUUUGCAAAACUUGUGGGAGAUGUUUUAGCGAGAGAAAUACCCUGAAGAAACACGAGAGAACGCACACAGGCGAGAAACCUUUUACUUGCAAAACUUGUGGGAGAUGUUUUAGCGAGAGAAAUACCCUGAAGAGUCACGAGAGAACACACACGGGCGAGAAACCUUUUACUUGCAAAACUUGUGGGAGAUGUUUUAGCGAGAGAAAUACCCUGAAGAGUCACGAGAGAACACACACGGGCGAGAAACCUUUUACUUGCAAAACUUGUGAGAAAAGUUUUAAAUGGGGAAGUAGCUUGAAAGUCCACAUGAGAAGCCAUACAGGUGAGGAGUCGUAUCCAUGUACAACUUGUGGGGAAAGAUUUGUUAUCAAAUCCCUUCUAACAAAACAUUUGUGUACCCACACAUAGCGAAACAGAUAUUUUUGUAAAAUGUUGGAAAGAUCUCUGACUUGCCAGUUUAUACAAAGUCCACAGGAGAAAUCCUCCAGUUGUGAAGCCACACCAUGGCAACACGAGAGUGAUAAGAUUUGCUCAAGCGUUGUCAAAGAAGUUGUUACUCAGUUAAUGAUUCAUUAAUUAGUGAUACAACAGUUGGCGCAAACAACACUGGAAAUGUUUCCAGGGGACCAAAAAAGUGAUGAACCUUGUUGUACUUCACAAAGCAUUGAACUACUGCCAGGUUCCUCACUUACAUCUACGCAAGAGAGAUUGUGUACAUUUGCAUUAGCUGCAUCUCUGCAACUGAAUGUGGGAAUUAUCCCAUUGAGGAGACAUCACAAUAUCUUUGAUGGUCAACACAUUUGCUGAAGUACCCACGUUUCUGUUCUUCAUGAGACUAUGAUUGAUAUCUACAUCUGCAAAGGAAGUGAUGUUUUCACCCAUGUCUCUUUGUUUUUUCAUUUGUCAGCAAUUUAUACCAAAUGGUGCAGGAAGGGGACGGGGGUGAGAGCAAUGUAUUGGGUUAAAGUGACAGAUCCAGGAUAUGUUAUUAUCACUGAAUGUUGAGAGAUGUUGUCAAUGUGUCAGGAAAGACUGGAUCAAAAUGUAAAAAUCUGACAUUUGUUGUACAGAGAUUUAUAAUAACACAGUAUGUGGUGCAGAUUAUCAGAUUACUUCCCUGUUUCUUUUCUCUUUCUUUUACAAAGAAGAAAAUAUGUUGUUAAUGUGUACACAGUCCUUAAUGACUGUCACUGUAAAUGGUUAUUCUUGUGUACUAUGUGUAUUCAAUACUUCAGUGCAUUUGCAGUUCAUCAAAGUUUCUUGAAUUAUGAUGAUGUAUUUUGUGUUUGUCACACGUUAAAUCUGUGUUAGUCUGUGUGGAGAAAAAUUCCCCUGACUAGGUGUCUCACUGCUAUGACCUUGAUAAACAGGAUGGAACCCUUAUUUGGUGAUGUUUUUCUUCCAACUGGUACCGCUGACGGACGGACACAGCAGAUAACACACAGAGGAGGAUCUCAUGUCUUCUUCUUUCUCAUAUCAUGUCUUAUGAAACUCCUCUUUGUAUAAGUUCUGGCUUUUGUGAACUUGCGGCCAGUUGUUCCAUUUUGAGUACACCUGCUUGUUGUAUAAACCCUGCAGAGCUUAUUAUUAUAAAGACUCAAAAGCAA